GUCAAAAUCCCUGUGCUGUGGAGCGACGAUGGCCCGACACCGGCGGGUGUGCACUGCAGGGCCCAAGGGGCGAGAGGCUGCACUGUCCAUUGAGUCAAGGGACAAGGGCCCUGGCAGGGUUGAGGGCACCCCGGCAGGUGCAGGGGCGCAGGACAAAGGGGGAUGACCCCAGUGCGGGGGGAGGGCCAAUCCCAAAGGCUGGGCAAUGUCCAGGUGAGCGGGCUUGACCCUGUCCACGGAAACAGUCGCAGGUCUACCGCCACUGUCCACCAGCAGGCUCUUAUCCCCGCGCUCCAGGACCCUGAACGGGCCGUCGUAUGGAGGUCGCAGGGGUCCGCGGUGGGCGUCAUGUCGAAUGAACACAAAAUCCGCCGAGUGCAGUCUGAACAUGCGGCGGCAUGUGUCUAAGAAACAGUGGCAUGAUCAGGAAUUUGGGCUCUUUUGCGCCCAGCAGGUUUAGCAUCAUUUCCAUGUGUUUGGAAGGUUUGCUGUCCCCCAGUCCAUUAAUAACCCAAAGACCUCGGGCUCGGUCUGGCAGUGAAAGCUCGAAAACUUUGAGGAGAGGAGUCUUAAACCCAACAUAUUUAUCUUGGGCCGGGAGAGAUGUGAUGAAACUCACUGCCCUGGCCGCCGUUGAGCUCCCGAGGGCUGAGACAAAGUGGCAAUAGCGCGCGGUAUCAUCCGACUCCGGCAAUUUGAGGAUGGCAGUUGCCAUGUUCGUUUCAGUCUCGGAAACGCCGGGACUGCCGUCGGGGUCAACAGCGUAGCGCAGAAGAAAAGGAGGCGGAGUGUCGAACACAGAAACAAACCUCGUCUUAAUGGCAGACAUAAACAGACUAACACCGAAAGUGUAACAAAACAAUAACGUCCGUACGGAACGUCGUAACAUCACUCGAGGUCCCGUAGGUGAAUUAUGUAAACCACCACAAAACAUUCCAACAAAAUGUCAUGUUAUUAUGUUUCACAAUGUACAAUUGUAAGGAUGUCAAAGGUGUCAAAUACCCAAAGGAACGUGUUGCCCUGACCAGAAGUUGAAGCCGAAUUAUCACGUGAAAGUUUCCUGUGCGUGUCUAGUUUUUAUUCUACGUCAUUGUCGCCCGUACUUGUUUGACCUUCUUGACGCAAUCCUCCGCAUUUAUCCGGGUUUGGUGCCGGCCUACAGAUUGCACUAGUUUGUGCCCCAUAGGGCUGCAUUUAGGACAAUGAAAAAAAAUAUUUAUAUACUGUACUAAAGUUGUGGGGAAAAUGAAUAAAUUAGGACAAAACAAGACGGGACGUUGAAACCGAGGAACUUUAAAAGACAACAAUACCCAGGGAACACAUCGAGCAAAAGACGUCAUCAAAGCAGGAAGUAUGAAUCCAUGCAGUAAACGUUGGCGUGAAGGAGGGAAAUAACGAGUUGGUUGUAUAAAGCAGUUUCCUGUAUCAGGAAAAAGAUUACCCCCGCAGCGUCCAGGCUCAUGGACAACGUAUUCGAAUUUGGAACCGAUAAAUUUCUCGGCCAACACUGUGGUUUCCCGUAAAUUUUCCCAGUUGACCGUCCAACCUAUAAUGGAACGGGCGAUGGAGCAGUUUAACGUACAGCUCAACCGACUGACCCGCUCCCUACGCCGUGCCAGGACUGUGGAACUCCCUGAAGGAACUGGACAACUAUUCCACAAAGAGUGUGAAAUGGGAGCUUCCAAAUUUUUCAAGAGAACUUCCUCCAUAGUGCUCAGGAACUCCGAUUGUGGUAUCUUCACGUUCUGACAUGACAGUUAACCAAAGCACACAGCCAAACUAACAACGGUGAAGCUUCAGGAGCAGCCUGUUAAUGUCCUUGAGUGGCCCAGGCAGAGCCUGGACUUUAAUCCAAUCAAACAUCUAUGGAAAGUCCUAAAAAUGACUGUUUACCGACGCUACCCAUCCAAUCAAAUCAAUCAUCUGAUCAAACUAUAUUUUCCCAGUGUUUAAAUGGCUUGUCCAAAUGUUCCUCAGCAAACUUCAAGUGAGCUUUGACAUGAUCCCCCCCCCCCCCCCCCACUACUCUCCCAGCAGUGUGGUCUUAUGUGGUGAGCGUGCAUCCAGUCAGUAGCAGCACAGUGCAGCACUCACUGUUUUUAUUGUGACAACAGAACCGGCUAAUUCCAUGUCUUUUUGAAGCUCUCAACAGACAAUGAAACUGCAGUAUACACACUGAUGCCAAUGGUCAUGGCUGACCAACACAGGUCAGUGUCAGAGUUGUUGCUCAACUCUAAAUUUGAUGUAAACUACGCCUUUGGACGUGUCAAGAGAAGUCUGCUUCACAUUGCUGCCAACUGUGGAUCAGUGGAGUGUCUUGUUCUGCUGCUGAAACGAGGUGCCAGUCCAAACUAUCAGGACAUCUCAGGUUGUACCCCUCUACACCUUGCUGCAAGGAAUGGCCAGAAGAAAUGUAUGGGCAAACUACUGGAGUAUAACGCUGACGUUAACAUCUGCAACAAUGAGGGACUGACUGCUAUCCAUUGGUUGGCAGUGAAUGGGCGGACUGAGCUCCUUCAUGACCUCGUCCAGCAUGUGUCCAAUGUUGACGUUGAAGAUGCCAUGGGGCAGACUGCGUUGCAUGUAGCCUGUCAAAAUGGACACAAAACUACGGUGUUGUGCCUCCUGGACAGUGGCGCUAACAUCAACCGACCAAACGUCUCAGGGGCCACGCCUCUUUACUUUGCCUGCAGUCAUGGCCAAAGAGACACAGCACAAAUCCUACUUUCUCGAGGAGCCAAAUACCUUCCUGACAAGAGUGGGAUCACUCCUCUUGAUCUCUGCGUUCAGGGAGGAUACGGGGAGACCUGUGAAAUACUCAUUCAGCACCACAGCCGGCUCUUCCAGAUACUCAUUCAGAUGACACAGAAUGAUGACAUAAAAGAGAAUAUGCUCAGGCAGGUAUUGGAGCACGUUUCUCAGCAAAGUGACAGUAAUUAUCAGAGAAUCUUGACAAGUCUGGCUGAAGUUGGGACCACGAAUGGACAUAAACUGCUCAGCCUAUCCAGCAGCUAUGAUGCUCAAAUGAAGAGUCUAUUAAGGAUUAUUCGAAUUUUCUGCCAUGUAUUCCGCCUGGGGCCUUCAUCAUCCAAUAAUGGCAAUGAUAUGGGCUACAACGGGAACAAGACUCCCCGGAGUCAAGUCUUUAAGUCACAUUGUUUUGGCUUCGCAAGUGAAAUUUGUGGAUUCUGCCCGGGAGGGAGCAGCGCUUUCACUUGCGCGCCAUUGGAGCUGCUCUGGCACUCCCUUGACGAGUGGCUCGUACUGAUCUCCACUGAACUUGACAGAAGCAGGAACCCAUCAUCAACCUCCACAAACAGUGAUAUAGCCUCUCUGCUUUUCAAACAGCGGGAAGCCAAUCAGUCUUGUGCCACGCCAAGGCUCCCCGCUUCCCUGGACCCUCAAAUUGUCAUGGAAACAGAAGGAUAUGCUGAUGGUGAAGAUGUUAUCUCCAUGACAGCCAAUCGUCUUAGCGCUGUAAUCCAGGCCUUCUACAUGUGCUGCUCUUGCCAGAUGCCACAAGGAAUGACAUCCCCUCACUUCAUUGAGUUUGUCUGCAAGCAUGAUGAGGUACUGAAGUGCUUUGUCCACAGGAAUCCAAAGAUAAUCUUUAACCACUUCCACUUCCUGCUAGAAUGUCCAGAGCUGAUGUCACGUUUCAUGCAUAUCAUCAAGGGCCAGCCUUUCAAGGAUAGGUGUGAGUGGUUCUACGAGCAUCUACUGGCAGGACAGCCAGACUCAGACAUGGUUCAUCGCCCGGUCAAUGAGAGUGACAUCUUGCUCAUCCAUCGAGACUCAAUAUUUCGGAGUAGCUGUGAGAUGGUUUCAAAGUCCACCAAUGAAAAACUGAAGCAAGGGAUUGCUGUCCGCUUUCAUGGCGAGGAGGGGAUGGGUCAGGGUGUUGUUCGGGAAUGGUUUGACAUCCUCUCAAAUGAAAUAAUAAAUCCAGACUACGCUCUCUUCACGCAAUCAGCUGAUGGUACCACUUUCCAGCCCAACAGUAACUCCUCAGUCAAUCCAGACCACCUUAACUAUUUUAGAUUUGCAGGCCAGAUCUUGGGUUUGGCGCUGUUUCACAGGCAGCUGGUCAAUAUCUAUUUCACCCGCUCCUUCUACAAACACAUCCUGGGAAUCCCAGUGAACUAUCAAGAUGUGUCAUCCAUUGAUCCAGAGUAUGCUAAGAACCUGCAGUGGAUCUUGGACAAUGACAUCAGUGAUCUGGGUCUGGAGCUCACUUUUUCUGUGGAAACAGACGUCUUUGGUGCCAUGGAGGAAGUGCCACUCAAACUGGGAGGCACAAGCAUUGUUGUGACUCAAGAAAAUAAGGCUGAGUAUGUCCAGCUAGUGACUGAGCUGAGAAUGACAAGGGCGAUCCAGCCUCAAAUAAAUGCCUUCUUGCAAGGAUUCCAUACUUUUAUCCCUCCUUCACUGAUUCAGCUUUUUGAUGAAUACGAAUUGGAGCUCCUGCUGUCAGGGAUGCCAGAGAUCGAUGUGCAAGAUUGGUGCAGGAACACUGAGUACACCAGUGGCUACAACCCCCAGGAGGCUGUCAUACAGUGGUUUUGGAAAGUGGUUUCACAACUAACCCAGGAAGAGCGAGUUCUGAUGCUUCAAUUUGUCACUGGAAGUUCCAGAGUUCCUCAUGGGGGGUUUGCCUAUUUGAUGGGUGGUAGCGGUUUACAGAAGUUCACCAUUGCUGCAGUCCCAUACACCUCCAACCUUCUGCCUACUUCAAGUACUUGUAUCAACAUGCUGAAACUUCCUGAAUACCCCACACAGGAGAUACUGAAAGAUCGCCUCCUUGUCGCACUGCAUUGUGGGAGCUACGGCUAUACUAUGGCAUAAACAUCCUAUUUGUUGUGCUGCUGCAGGGGUCUGCUGACUCAGUUCAGUCACCCACACCAAUGUUCCUCUUUGAAUUCAAAUAUUGUUUUUGCUGGACAAUACAAGGGAAAACCACAUUUGUCUGGAAACAGCAGUUGAAGUAGCACAUCAGAUUGAAGAAAAGAGAGGAACCUCCAAAAACUCUCCAUCCUCACGUCAACCAAUUUGGGCCAUGCCUGCUUUGUUAUUGUUGUAUUUUUUACACAUAUUACCAUUUUAUGAUCCAUGUGAUUAAUUAUUCAGUUAUAGCAUAUUCUAAAGCAUUUGCAGAUGAGUCAGGAUGAUAUUGCAUAUGUAUAGCUUGAGAAUCCAGAGGAAAAUUUGACUUAUAAUAUUCACGAGUCAACUUUUUUUAAUCUACACGUAUUUACUGCCCUCUGAAGACUAAAUGGGUCAAACUGUAGAGUUACAAAAAAAAUGUGUGAAAUUAUACUCGACACAGUGAUGAUAAGCACCAAUCUCCGUGUUCUGCUUCAUGUGCUGUUCCAAACUUGGAGUAAGUUAAGACAGAACAUUUACCUGUCACUCGAAAUGUGCAAUGUAUUCUAGGUCAACUAUUCAUCACCAUCCCAGAGCAUUGACUGAGCAAUUUGGACUUGUAUCAUUCUAGUAUAGAUACAUGUUCUUCACAUGCUUGUAUGAGUUUGCUUUUUUCAGCUCUUAAUUCACACUGUACUGUAUUCCUUUUAUGAUGAAACAGUGUGCCACAAUGUUUUUUUGUUUUUUUGUGAAAGGGGUGUGCACAACCAAACUGCAUUCAGAAAAAUACAAUGAAACACUUUCUUCCAUUUCAGGGUACUAGUGGUACUGGGAAAAAACAAAAACCUGUUGGGAAAAAAAAAGUUAAAUAUUAAAUAUCUACAAUGUC